AUGGACCUGUUCCGCCUCCGCAGCCAAACAUUCAUCUUGGUGGUGGACUACCACUCCAGGUACCCUGAAGUUGUAACCUUGCGGAGCACAACAGCUCAGGCAGUCAUCGACGUUCUCAAAAGCAUUUUUGCCCGGCAUGGGAUUCCACGAGAAGUCAGAUCAGACAACGGUCCACCGUUCUCUUCACGCGAGUUUGCAGCAUUGGCGGCAUCUUAUGGCUUUGACCAUGUCACCAGCAGCCCGCACUAUGCGCAAUCGAACGGAGAGGCGGAGAGAAUGGUCAGGACCAUCAAGGAGUUGUUUCGCAAAGCAACAGACCCUCAUCUGGCCUUGCUCAGCUACCGGGACACUCCCGGAGUCGAUGGCUUGUAA